AUGUCGGAGAAUAACACGCUACAUUGUGGAUGGUUGGAGCGUAUUACUAAAGACACGAAGGGUAAAGAAAAGCGAGAGCACCUGUGGUCAGUACUGAAGAGAAAUGGUUAUAUAUUUUUCUUUACGGACCAGAGAGAACACACAGGGGAAACGCAUACUGGAAAACUCCCUAUAAAUUCCAACACUGUAUUUACAAGACGAGAAAAAGAGGAAAAGAAAUAUGGUGGCUAUGUAUUUACGAUAUUUGCCAGAGAUAGAAAUAUUGAGUCCAACGUUAAAUUCAAGACCGCUAAAAAGUCGGCAAUGGAGGAGUGGAGGGGGUUCAUCUCCAUCGUAUCCAAGGAUAGCAUACCACCCGACCUUGACCUUCCAACAGAUUACAUCCAAGAAAUGGAAUUUAUCCUCGGGGGAUUAAAACGGUGUCCAAAAGAACCAGACGGUCACUUGAGCGCGCGCACCGACUUAAGUAGAGACAGCGGUAUACCACACGACUCCGUCAGCAGGGUAACUAGCAUAACAAAACGCACUUCCGCCUCCGAGGGGUCGGGCGGAAGUGGAGGGAGCUCUACUUUUAGUACAAACGGACGGAGUGGCAAGACCAUAAUUUCACAGAGGCACAAGUUUUCGAACAAUCCUCUGGGCGACGAUGUGUAUCCCAGCUGGUUCGUUCCGAACUGUUCCCGCGAAAAGGCCCUUUCCAUAUUUACCAAGGUUGGUACAACCUAUGGAAAUACUCUGAUGAGGGAGAGCGCUCAGGCGGCAUCUCAUGGUACCUACGUGAUCUCUUACUGUUCCAAGAUCAAAGACAGAGCACCCGUGUGUGACCACUUCAAGGUCCUUAGAACGGUCGGAGGUUUUAGAAUCGAUGUUGAUACCACGCAUCCUGACAUGAGCAACCUGACUGAUGUGAUGAUGUUUUUCAUCAAAUUAAAUGGAUCAGAUCGUACACAAACUCUAACUACCAAUGAUUUCAACCUUCUCGGGCAGGCCGAUUCCGACUACACGACAUAUCUGCCGAAAAAUGUGGACCAGCAUCCUGGAGAAUCAGCAGUUGCAGCGAAGACACGAGAUCGGAAAAUCUCAGAACCACCACCUGAUUACGACUAUGAGGCCCCAGUGUCGACACGACCUAAAACCGUUACGGGUGCAACACUUCAAAACGAGAUGAAAAAGUAUAAUGCGGAGCAUGCUCGUGCUAAAGAACCUGCUCGUAGCAACAGACAUUUGCACUAUGAAAAGACUGGUAGCCAUACCGUCGCUCCUAUGAGGAGGGUGGCCCGCUCUGAGCUGCCACCCGGAGUCCGUAAUAGUAUGCCAGACCCGAGACAGCUUAACAAAAUUCCACGCACAGCAGUUUCAUGGCAAGGAGAUCCCAACUUUCACACUAAAGUAGUCACUCCACCGAAACAAAGGGAGCAAACUCCACCACCGCCUUGUGCAGUUAACUCGCCUUUGGGCUAUGAAAACGACAAACCUGGAUUUGACCAAGUGAUAUCCAGGCACACAAUGGACGAUAGUAGUUCUGAAAUACCACCACCAAAUUAUAAGGCACCAGCUCCACCGCCUGUUAUGUUAUCUGUGGUUUCUGGAAAAACAAUGGGUAUGCAUAGCCCCGAACUGCCACAGCCAGAUCAGUUGGCUCCACCUCCUCCCCAAAGUUCCUCCAAAGGUAUACCGUCGAAGGCACCUCCAUCAUUUAAAGCCCCGCAAAGUCCUCCGGCCCGCAAUGACACAGAAGAACGACCUGUUCCAGCUUCCGGGAUCCCGGCGCCUCCCCCUCCACCUCCUCCACCUCCUGUGAUAGGACCUGGGGGAAGUCCCAGUAAGUCACCUGAUACAAAAAGUAAUGCCAUCCAAGUAACAGGGCGGAAAGGGCGGUUAUCAAGCGCAGAUGAUGAUGACGUAGCACACAAGAUUCCAAAUUUACGUCGACCAACCGCUCCUCAUAUCUGGAGACUGCCUGAUCAGAAUGAGAGGUCAAAACAAAUGCGAUCUCAGUCAGUGCCUAACCUGGAGGAUCAUCUGAAGAACGUUAAACUCAGACCCAAGCCACAAAGUCCACUUGAUAUCAGAGUGUCUACCUCCAUGAUUCAACGACAUCCACCUAAGUCCGUCCCCCCAAAGUCGAGUGCAAGUUUUGACUCCGGAAGUUAUCGGGCGGAAGCAAAACCUGUUGAAUCAGAGAUAGAUGACUCUCGUCCUGGUGGCGUGGGAACGCUCACUAGAAAAUUUGGAGAAAUCGAAUUUGCGAAAAGGAAAAUCGCCGAUUCACCACCAGUGCACACGUCACGAAACGUUUCUUCUGCGAUUGGUCAACUUUACGUAAACGAAGUAAAGGAGGAAAAAUAUAGGAAUGAUCAGAUGGAUGACUCUUACGUCAAUGUUGCUGUGAGUGACGUCACUAGAAUACCGGGCUUCCAUGAGCCUAGUCAAUAUGUCAAUACUCAGCAAGAAUUUCCUGUUAAGAUCAGAAAUGAUACAACAACCAAUUGUGUGGACACGUCAGGAAAUCCGUCUGUGCAGGCAUUAAAGAAAAAACUUGAUUUAGAAAAGGUGCUGGGGUCCCCAGGUUUGCCAAAAGUUUCCCCGAAAGUUACUUCUCCUGAAGUGCGAAACAAAAGAGACAUUCCACUUCCAGCAAUACCAGUGGAAACUGCAGAAGACACGAAAGACGAAAUUUACGAUAUUGUGGGUUAG